AUGGCUGUCCUCAUUAUCGCACACGCUGAGACAGAGGUCAGAGCCAGAUUCAAGAACUGGAUUGGGCGGUUGGAGGUCGACUGGAUGAUGGCUACAUCCCCGGACAGCUUGGAUACCCAGCAAGGCUUCUGGAAGGGGCUAAAUUCGGGCAACUUGAUCACAAUAUUCGACAUCAACUUCGAGCAACGAACAGCGGAGGUACCCUUUGCUGCGGACUACACACAGGCUUUUGGCCCGUCCUUUUUUGCUUGUAGGAGGGACUUACGACCAUUCGAGGAGCUGGAACAAUGGCUGCUUGGCCAACUCAGUGAGGAGGGCGAGGUUAAGACUUUCUCUACUUGGUAUACGCACUGGGAGACUAAAAUUGAUGGGGCGGAAAACUUUUAA